UUGAGAGGCAGGGGUGCUAGGAUUGACGAGAAUAUUUUGCAAAAAGCUUUUCGACGGCAUCAUUUAUUUCCAAAUUUUAGCUACCUGUAUAAAAUUUACCGCCAGUCGCUUAUUUUUAUGUAUGAUUUGACAAAUAAUGGGAUCAAAGUGUCGACGCGGCGACCCUUCUGACCGCUGGAGCAACGAGUACAUUGAUCCCGAGACAGGUGAAUUGGUACGUGAAGAGUACGAUCGUCGUGUUGAGGACGUUGGCGGUGAGAAAUACGAGUACGAGAGAGCCAUCGUCACCCGAGAGCAGGCCGAAGAGGCCAUGAGCUCUCGCCGGCGAGGCGGCGGUCGGGGCUGCGGCAAGGCGCGCGAUCCAUGCUCCCGCGGCGGCGGCGGCUGCUCUCGAAGCCGCAUGCAAGAUGACAUGGACUGCGGCGGCGGCGGCGGCGGUCGGAACUUCCGCAGCAUGGCGCCUCCGUCGAGGCCCCCCUACCGGGACCCGUGCCGCAAGGACGAUGACCCACCCAACCCAAACACAGACGAGCAGCUGGCAAAGGUGGAGGAGAAGUUCAGCAACCUGGAGAAGCAGCUGAAGGAGUCGUGCGACAACCUCAACAGCGGGCUUUGUAAGGUGCAGCAGUGCAUGAGCGACGGCUUCUCCCAAGUGAACGGCAAGAUGAAGGAGAUUGAAAAGAGCACAGACAAGACAUUGCAAGCCAUUGACGAUCAGAUUCGCACGGCAGAGGAAGAGCUGAAUAAGAGCCUACGCGUAUUAAGCAAUGACAUCGCUGAAACCCAAGAAACCUUUUGCCGAAACCUCGACAAGGCCAAGAGAGAUGUGGACAAAAUGGAGAAGUUCUUCAAGCGUGAAAUAUGCGAGACGAUUAGGGAUCUCAAGACAAGUAGCUGUUAAAGAAUGUAAGUGGUUUUGUUCAGCGUUUCUGUCAGCAUAACCGUUCUUGAUCGUACUUCAAAUUUUGGUAAGUGGCUCUUGCAAUGACCGCUAUUGGAACUCCGACAGAGGAAUCAUCUGAUCAAUAAAAGUUUUAGCAGAACCCAG